AUGUUUAGGCCAGUCCAACCAAGAGAGUUUGUGGCGUUUCCUUGCGAGGAUCUUACGCUAGAAAACUUGAAGAAGGCUCUCGCUGACCAUUACAGUUUGCCAGCAAGCCUAUGUGAUGUUCUUGUAACAAACAAGGGACCCUCUUUUACCAGCAUGGAACAGAUCCCUCAUAGAGAGGACAAGGUGAGUUAGUGUAGGAAGCAUUUAAGCUUAGGUAAAUAAACAAUAGCGCAAAAAUAUUCUUGGGUAAAACUAGAGAAAAACUGUAUUAAAGGACCAAUGUCCGACUAUAUUCGCGCCUGACAAGGCCUCUCAACUUGAGACUUUUGAAAACUAUUUAACAUGUAAGAAACUCUGUUGGCUUUCAAAAUAGUUCCAUUCCGUUUAAGAUGUUCAGCUUUAUUAUUCAAGAUUUUUAUAUCGUGACAAUAUAAGUGCUUAUCGUUUAAGGAAUACGGAAAACAAAUUAGUUCUUCCACCACCUCGAACUGAUUAUCUUAAGAGAAGUUUUUUGUACAGCGGAGCUCACUUGUGGAACGACUUACCCUUAGACCUAAGACAAGCGUCUUCACUGACCGAUUUCAAAUCUAAAUUAAGUCGCCACAGUUUAAAGUAAUAUCUUAAUUUUAAGUAAAUUUUAGACACGGCCUCCAUGAAAAGCAGAUUUUUACUUGUUUCUUUUAUUUGAAUUGUUAUUAUUAGAUUUUAUUAGAGUUAGGAAGAUAGAUAUACCUUUAUAGAUAAUUAACAACUGAUGGAAAUACCGUGUAUAAAUAAAGUUAUCUUAUCUUAUCUCUUUAUCUUAUCUGUCUUAUGACCCACCCCCUAUUUGCACCAGCCCCCUUCUAAAUAAUGACCGGUCCCUUACAGACAAAAUUCAGAUCCCCUCCAAAAGAGAUUGGACUAGGAAUGACUCCUGGUAUUACUGACUCUCACUAUCACGGACACUAAACGACGUCCCGAGGGUGUCUGUUGUAAUGAGAGUUGACUGUAUCUCUCUGUGUUUCUUUUGGGAAAAGGGCAUGAUAUAUUGACUUGUCACCAUGUAAAAAAAAAACAACAAAUAUAAGUUAGGUUGACAUCAGGUUUUCUGUUCUUCACACAGGAUUCAAAUUCUUGAAGAGUUUGAAUGAGAGGUCUGAACAAACUCUCCUUGGCUUAAGUUUUGAAAAAUGUCAGUUAUGACACUGUCAAUAGAUAAAUAUGAUGCCCAACCCAAAUGAAAUCUGAUCGGUUCCGUUACUUUUAUUUGACAUACAUGUAGGUGUAUCUGGUGCGGUUUGUAGUUGGCCAAGAUUAUGGGGAGGACUCCAAUAGCUCUGACCCAACACAUGUACAUGAAGGUUUCUCGGAUAACUCCUCAUUCCAAAGAACAACUGGCGCACCAUCAGCACCAGUGAGAAAGGCAGCUGCGCCAAAACCAAAAGCAGAUUAUGGAAGGUUCUCAGUGACAACCCAGUUUCCUCCAUCCGUAUCCAUUGCCUCAUUGCUGGAUGCUGGGAAGCUCAUCGAACCAGUCACCAAAAACAAGUGUCUCCUAACCUUUGAACAAUUUGGCAUUGCCUCCAAAGAAUGGACAGAUGCAAUGGAGGUAGAGUGUGCAGUAGAUUCAGAGAAGUUUUCCUCAGGUGGAUUCCGUGAUACUUACCACUGCAAGCUAACUGGCAAAUCUGCGGGCCAAAACAUUUCAAGUCGCUGGGUUAUCAAAACGUACAACAAGAAGUCCAAAGAAGUAAUUAGUACUCAAUUGAAAACUAAUAUAGAGAGCCAUUGUCAUAGGCAAGUACAAAUGCAUGAGGUAGCUAGGCACUUAACAAAGAAGUUCCAGUCACAGGCACCACAAGAAAUGGGAAAGUGUUUUCAGUACAACCAUGUAUACUACACCACAAUAGACAAGAAACCAGCGACAGUUGAGGAAUUUGUUCCAGGCCUCUUUGCCAAACUGAUUAAUAAUAAUGGCAAGAAGGCCGAUCUGCCUGAAGAUGCAGAUAAAGAUUUGAAAGAUUUGUUGGCCAAAGCAGAGGGCCUGGUUCACUAUACCUAUGAAUCAUCCAACCAACAACUCAUGUUACUUGAUAUACAGGGAUCUGGCUACUGUUUAAAUGAUCCCGAAAUAGCAACAAAUGAUAUCAUGGAUGCCAGCAGCUUAGAAUACUAUUUCUGCUGUAGAAAUUAUUCAUCCGUGGGCAUCACAUGCUUUCUCAAUGAACAUGAAUGCAAUGCCUACUGUAAGAUGAUGGAACUAAGUCAGUAA